CGGCUUCAGCUUACGACUGCGAGGCGGGCGCAACUCAACUCCCUGCAGCAUCAGCUCUAGUGUGGCUCUAGUGCUAGUGUAGUGUCUCCGCCCGCUGCUGCGCUGUUGUAUUUGUGUUGUUUGCUGUCUGCAACGUGCCUUUGGAACUGGAAGGCUGGAGCUGGAAGAGUCCUGGAGUCCAAGACGCGACCGCCGAAGUUGGUUUUGCGAUUCGGUAUCAAACCUGCUGGACACUUUGGAAUUUCUCUGAGUUGAGAUUGAGGAUUAGGCCUGGAGCCUACAGGCAGGAUGGUUUGGAAGUCGGGAAUUCUGCUCACAGUAUUUGUUUUAUGGGCUGGCCUCGGAGAAUAUUGGGGGCCUAGCUCUGUCGACAGCUGCAAUGAAGCGGUUUGUGCGAGCAUUGUCAGUAAAUGUAUGUUAACACAAUCGUGCAAGUGCGAUCUUAAGAACUGCAGCUGUUGCAAAGAGUGCUUCAGUUGUUUGAGUUAUUUGUACACUGAGUGCUGCUCUUGUGUUGAAAUGUGUCCUAAGCCUAAUCAGACAAACCACAAUGCCCUCAGCAAGAGGAGUCACGUUGAAGAAUUCGUUGAGCCCAUUCCAGAACUCUUCCAAGCUCUCAUGGGCUCCGAGCCAGAUGCUCAGGAACGUUGGAUUACUGUGACAUUCCCUAUUGAUAUUGAAGUGAACAAUGUUCACUACAAACCAAACCUUGAAAAGGAAAUAAAGUAUCGUACACAAUUUUCUGAACAAGAAGUUGUUCCAAGGAAAGAUGUAGCCACAUUCAACUGCACUGUUGCUUACAUGAGCCAAUGCAUGUCUUGGAAUAAGUGCAAAGAAGCAUGUCAGUCUACUGGCGCAUCGAGUUAUCGCUGGUUUCAUGAUGGCUGCUGUGAAUGUGUUGGUGCGUCUUGUAUCAAUUACGGGAUUAAUGAGAGCAGGUGUCUGAGGUGUCCCCUGGACAAGGAUCAUGUUAUUCCUGAAGAUGAUCCAGAUAGCCUGAUUUACGAUGAUGUUGAUUACGACGAACCGUCAUCUGCUGCAGCUGCAUCAUUGGCAACAUCAGCUAGUGGGACGCAUGGAACACAUUCACCCUAAUUAUUUUGACAAUUCUGUUUUAUUCAAUUUUCUCACUGUGGUGAAAGAUCUAUGAUUGUGAUAAAUCUUUCCAACCACAUUCUUACCAUGUUUAUUUUUUUUUUUUAACUGACAAUCGAUUUUUGCUUAAUUUAAAGUGAUAUUUUCAGAAUCCUUUUAAACUAUCCACCAAAUUGCAAUGUGAUUUUGCAGUAUUUGUUUAUUAGAUUGUUUAGCAGAAUAUUCAUUGACUCUUGAUGAAUGUGCAGAUUUUAUGAUGAGGACAAUAAUAAUGUAAUUAAGUUAGAUCUUAGCUGUAUGUUAAGUGUAUGCGAGAUGAUUACCAAUUUAGGUUAACAUCAAUCAGACUGUUCUUGUAAGAAACAAUUGUUUUAUGUUCUACUUAAGUUAAGCUCAUUGACUCCGUCCUGGGUAAAAUAUUUAUCUUUACUUUAUGUGGUUAGCUUGAUAUGAUCUGACAUUGUAGUGCUAUUUUGGAUGUCCUUGAUUCCUUUCAAUUUUAGAAUUUGGAAUCAUUUCAAUAUACCAUUACCUGACACUUUUCGAUUAAUGCCAUUCUUGCUUGCUUCUAUAGUCAGAUUAAAAAAGAUCAAAAAAAAUAAAACUUUCCACUAAUUUACCAAAUGUGCCAUACAGGACAAAGUAAUCAAUUCCUUGUUCAGCAGUUUUAUUGACUCUUAAGCAAACAGAUGUCUUUAGAAAGACUUCUCGUGUUGCCCAUGCUGUGUUGGGGCGAAGCUUCUGCUAUAUGGAUAGUAAAUAACUGUAUAAAAGCUGUCAAAUGCAGACUUUCCAUUUUCUUGGCAAGGGACAAGACUGUUUUUGUUUUCAUUGAAAGCUCGUAGAGCAUUCUCAUUCCUUUUGUAUUUAUUCAUGACUGUUUUUGUAAGAUUUUUAGAAACAUUCCAACUCAAUUUUGUAUCCUUUGUGCAUGUCUCUGUGAUUUGUUACAGGGUACAUUUCACUAUCAUUUUGUACAGGGUGUGCCUUUAUACAAUGGCUUUUGUGCUACAUGUGCCAUUUUUGCAUCAUAUCUUCAACUUGGGCAGUGAAAAAUAUAUAUAAAGGGAUCAAACGAA